UUUUUCUGCUGCUAAUUGUCACUGGCUUCGCUUUCCAACCCUCGACUGGGGCGGCAGCUUUAGCACGGGCUCAAAUCACCGAGAGCACCAGCGAGGGGAAGAAGCGGCCCUACCUUCUCUUGUAACCGUUAGAUGGACGUGAUGGAGGAGACGUGCCAGAUGGACAUGAGUGCCAUGGAGCAAAGGGCUGUAAAUAUUAAGGAGAAGGAGGACAGUGAAUGGGAGUAUGUCCACCCUGAAGACGAGCGUCCUUGCAUUAAGGAGGAGGAUUAUGGGCAUUGGACAGUGGGCAUUAAGGAAGAGAGUGACCUGAAGGUUGUUAUCAUUGACAUGGAAAAAUAUAAAAGUACACACUGGAUCAAGGAAGAAAACCAGCAGUUAGAGGCCACCUUUCAGUCUGAAGGUCAAGAUGGAGGUGGGCCAGGAUUUGUCUCCACUCAGAGUAGAAACUGCGCUUUCCUGGACCAUCCUGUCAGCGUGAAGUCAGACAUUUGCUCUCAGCCGUCAUGUACAGAUCAGUUUGGAGAAGAUACCCUGGACAGUCCCAGUUUUUCCCUUCAACCAACACCAUAUGAUGAAAGUACGAAGUGGACGUCAGGACCAGAGAGUUUGACACCAGAAUCUCUGCAGUUUAGUGCUCUGCCUGCUGUGAAGCGAAGACGGAGAGUUGCAAUGAAUGGUCAACAACAGAAACACAAUACAAACUCAGAGGGUGCGAAUGUCGGCAAAGGGCAAAGGAAAAGUACGAAAAGAAAACCUAAAGGGAAAGGCAAAGGCAGUCAGUCUACCCGUAAGGCUCAAAAGCCCUAUAUGUGUUCAGAGUGUGGAAAAUGCUUUUUAAAAAAGGACCGGCUGGAGGCCCAUUGCACACGAUUUCAUACUGGAGAGAAGCCAUAUUGUUGUUCUGAAUGUGGGAAACAGUUCACUUGCAAGAGCCAAUUUCAAACACAUUCUCGAACUCACACCGGAGAGAAGCCGUAUGGCUGUACUGAAUGUGGGAAGCGUUUCAAUAUCAAGGGCCAUCUUCACAGGCACUCUCGCGUUCACACCGGGGAGAAGCCGUAUUGCUGUGGUGUGUGUGGGAAACGAUUCUCCGACAGGCGCACUCUGGAAAGUCAUUCUACAGCUCACACGGGAGAGAAGCCGUAUGCCUGUACUGAAUGUGGAAAACGAUUCUCUUACAGAUGCAGUCUUCAGAAACACUCUUUGAUUCAUAGUGGAGAGAAACCAUAUUGCUGUUUUGAAUGUGGGAAAAGCUUCUCUGUCAAGGGCCAACUGCAGACACACUCUCGAGUUCACACUGGAGAGAAGCCAUUUUGCUGUACUGAAUGUGGCAAGCGAUUCGCGGAGAAGCGCAGUCUUAUCGAUCACUCUACAACUCACACUGGAGAGAAGCCGUACUGUUGUCCUGAAUGUGGCAAAAGAUUCUCUCAUAGAGGCAGUCUUCAAAGUCACUCGACAGCUCACACCACAGAGACGCCGUAUUGCUGUGCAGAAUGUGGUAAAAAGUUCAAAAAAACGAGCAUCCUGAAGAGCCACGCGAGAAUCCAUACUUCAGAAAAUCCCUACGGCUGUUCUGAAUGUGGGAAAAAAUUCUCACAAACGAGUGACCUGCGGAGACACUCUGCAAUUCACCUUGGCGAGAAGUCGCACAGCUGUUCAGAAUGUGGCAAAAAGUUCUUUUUCAAGAGCAGUCUUCAGACCCACUUAAAAGUUCACACCGGAGAGGACCUCUAUUUCUGCUCUGAAUGUGGGAAACAAUUUACACUUAAGAGCCAGCUGGACAUCCACACCAGGGUUCAUACUCGUGGGAAACUGUAUGGUUGUUCUGACUGCGGUAAAAGGUUCUCACGACAGGGCGAGCUGCGGCGACACUCUUCAGUUCACACCGGAGAGAACCGCUUUGGCUGCACUGAAUGUGGCAAACAUUUCUAUCGGCAAAGCAGUCUUCAGAAGCAUUCCCUACUUCACACCGGAGAGAAGCCAUAUUGCUGUUCUGAAUGUAACAAACGAUACUCGCGAAUGAACCAGCUGGAGGCCCACAAGAGAAUGCAUGCCAGAGAGAAGUCCUCAGACUCCUAAGACUUCAGAGCCAUGCGAUAAAAUAACAAAAACGCCAGCAAAUGUCAUUGGAACAAAAUCACCAGAUUGGUGCCAGUGGGAUCCACAGGUUCACUCGGAAGAAUUGUGCAGAUAACCGGCCAGAGGACUCGGUAAUACUGAGGACAACGCUGGUCCUGCGAGGAGCCCACACAGCAAUUUGAAGCGAACAGAAAGACAAGAAGAUGCCACAAUUAACAAGUGAGGUUCACGCCUGUGGUGAGCUGAAACACGAGGACCAAAAAAUGAAGACCAAAAGAGGCGCCGGAAAGCAGGCGACGUUACGGCUCUGCAUUCGUAUUUUAUUUUUCUGUUUAUUUUUCUAAUUUUUGUUGAUAUGAAGAUCGGCCGUGUGUUCAUUUUACAUUUUCUGAUUGUUUUUGAAUGAUUUGAUUUUUUUUUCUCAUGUUUUGUUUAUUUUUCACAGCACAGCUCUGGGCUGGCAGCGUGAUGGCACUUGUGGUGGGGUCUGACGUCACUUACUUGGUAUAAAUGUGACCGCCAUUGGCUCACGCGGUGUCCGCUCGGCUCGGCUCCCGUGCUCGACAUGCUGCCAGUCGUUUACCAGUUUUGUUUGAGACAUUUGGUGUUCCUACUCGCUCAACUGCGGACCCUUCAUUUGAGGAUUCUCUUGCUUUGGUCCUUCUAUGUCAUCUCCUGCUCGCUGGUUUUCUUUUCUGACACUCGCAGUAAUCCCUGCGCCCAUACAGUCGUGUGAAAAAGUAAGUACACCCCAUGAAACAUUGUUUUGUUUUGUAGCCCAUGUGGACGUAUCGAGAUUUGAUCUUCAGUGUCCGACUCCAGUCCUGGGGGGCCGCGGUGGCUGCAGGUUUUCCUUCCUGCUACUUUCUUCAUCAGUGACCACUUUCAGCUCUUAAUUGACGUCAUUUUGUCCCUUUAUUUAAAUUUUUUUUUGUUUGUUUUAUAAGACUCCGUCCUCUGAUUUGUUUCGUUUUCCCUCAACUGGUAGCUCAACAAAAAUGAGAUGUGAAGUUAGUGAGCCAACAGGCCCCCAGCAACGUCCGAGCCUCAAACUCCAACCAGUUUCUUCAUCAGACGCCGACUCUCAUUCCUUAAACUCGUUCUUUAAUUCUCUGGCUUGUUGCUGCUCUCCUUCCGCCACAGCAGACAUUUCCAGAGCUGACGUUCUUGUUUUUCACAUGAAUGCCCUCAAUAUGUUUUGUGGACCCAAGAAGAGGAGCAUCGCUGAGACCGUCGCCCUCUUUAUUUUCAGAUGUUUUAGCCGCUCGUUUUGAACCUCAUAAUUGAUGGUUGGCCGAGGUCUUCAGGACCCCGACUGUGUCUGGCUUGUCUGACGGCCCCUCCACAAUCUGCCUGUGGCUCUCAAGGAGCUGAUGGCCAGCGGGUGCUGUUGGUUUUCAUUUAUGUCGAGUAGUUUCUACUGUUGUUGAUGCAUUUAAACAAAUCCGUAUCCUCAGCUGUGGCCAUUCUGGAUCUAGUGGGUGGCCUCCUGUGUUCUUGCCUUUUGCCAUGAGAGUCGUCACUUGGUCAGGAGUGGCGUAUUUCUGAGGUGGCUCUGUGAAGAGGGUUACUUGUGUUUACUCCAUUCACUGACACCCAUUGCACAACCAGCCCAGACGUGACGCAGUGAAGCUUGGUGGAGAUAUUCCUGAGCUGAGAAGUGACAUCAGGUAGCCGAUAUAAAGUGACGAAAAGUCAAAGUUCAGUGCACAUCCACAGCAGUGGCCCCCUAGCCGUACUCGUCGUGUUUGUGACGCUCAGCAGCACGAGUUACACACGCGAGUCGUCGUUGGGCUGCACUUCCAUACUUGUUGAGGGUCUCGUCCUUUGCCAGUUUCUCCACGAUGUUGCGUGUGCACGACUCCGCCUUGCUGUAGAUAUACGGUAUGUACCGUACGUUCCCCCCAUCAAGUCUUCUUCUGUAAAUCCCGAUGUCUGCGUUCGCACGUUUUGAGCCUUUAUGUGAGUAUCCAGGCUUUCUAAAUGAGCCCCCUGCUCUUUGCCUGGGUGUUCAUCGGCCCUGAAGUCCUCCUGGCACACCUUCCACGUUGGUCUUAUUUAAGCAGACCGUUUCUAACGAUAAACUCGUGCACUUUGGAGUUAACGGUUAAAUGGUGACCUACCUGAAGGUCUUGGAAUGACAUUCUGGGGGUCUUGGAGAUGUCAUCCAGGUUCUUGUAUUCUUCUGCUCUUGGGCUCAUCUUGCUGUGAUGGCCUCUGGCAGUUGCUUGAAAUCUUCUGCACUUGUAGACGACCAUCCGGACAGUCAAAUGGUUGAGUUUGGAGUUCGUUUAAAAUCCCAUUCCAGACUCGGCCAGCUAGAAGCCCCUUUGUGAAGGCUCCCCUCUCGUGAUGUUUCAAUCAUCUGAGGUUGUGAUACAUGGAGGGGUGGACUUACUGUUAUACAUGUAGAAGUAUAUUUUUAAAUAUUAUUACAUGAGGCAGGAUGUGUGCACCGUUUAAAUGAAGAUCAAAUCGUUGCAUGUGCUGGAAAAGAAAAAAAAAACAUUUCAGGGGGUCUACUUGCUUUUUCAACGUAGGAAGAAGGAAAAAUCGACCAUCAAAAGGCCAACUGAAAGGUCCCCGUCACGGGCGGAGGUCCUGCUUGCGAGUAAAUCCUUUCCUUACCUACAGAUUCUCUUUUGUUUGUCCUCCUUGUCGGUUCGCUUGGACCUCCCGGGCCGUUAUCUUCAAUACUGAAGGCCCGAUGGCCUCACACGUCGUGACUUCUGGCCGCCAUGCGUUAGAAACGGCGAAGAGGACGUCAGCCCCUCCAAACUACACGGCGGGAUGGGAGCCGCGCUUCACAGCAACAACGUGGCGACGGCGGGACGUCACCAUUGUGAAAACGGGGCUUACAAAGCCAGUUUGUGCAGGUCAGAGCAGAACUGAAGUCGACUCGUCACGUGUUUAAAAAAUAUUAAAUGAUAAUUUUAGCAGAAUCCCGAAGACAGAACAGCUUCAGACCCACCAAGGACUUUACACAGGAGAGGAGCUCAACGUGGCCCAAAAAAGACAAAUAGCUCAGAAGUCACGACGUCCGCGUGCAGCGCGUCUCAAGGGGUCACACGGGAGAGUCUGGAGAGAGGAGUAGAAGAUAAGGAAGUGCCAGUCAGGGGGGGUUAAGAAACAGCGGGAUGAGGGCCAACUGAGGGGAGCAAACGUGGAAUGAAACCUGAGAAAGUGUGAGGAACAUCACAAGAGACCUUGUGGACUACACAAGGGGGCAUUACAAGUGCCACGACAAGCCCUCGCAUCGAAGAGCAGGAGAAGAAGACGUCACAACGAACACGUGAGGGUUAUGGAGGAGGAAGUAGAAGGGACGUUCAGAGAAGACUCCACAACCCUGCAAUGGGCAUCUCUGUGUCACCGGAAUGAAAACCCACCUGAUGUAGCAGCUGAACAUCUACAGCCGCCAUUGGUCACCAGACUAGGGUGCUGUGGGGUGGCAACAUGCGGGCCCUUUGCCUUUGAUUCAGAAGGUGAUGCCCUGCUGCUGCUGCCGGUAGAUUAUUUUUCUAAAUGGAGUUUUUCUGAGUUGACUACACCUCACUGUCGCUGGGGGACGUAUUUCUGAGGGGUUCAAAGUCCACUGGCGUUGUCCUGUUGGCACUUCUAACGAGGGUCCUGGAGGGGCGCCCACCUUCUCCAAGACAGUUUCAGACUUCCAGUACAUCUUAUCUGUCACCAACUAAGAUCCUGCCAUUGUCCAACCCACUAUAUCGUCACUACAGGGUCACGGGGGGGUCUGCUGGUGCCAAUCCCAUCUAACACAGGGCACAAGGCAGGACGCCAGCCCACCACAGCCAACUAAGAUCGGCAGACAGUUAAUGAGCGAGUGAAGUGACAAAAGAGCCGUACAGCACAGGAGGGGACCCUGUAACCGUUGUCACGUGGAGUCUCUUUGUACCUCUCGGUGUUUUCUAAUAAAUG